GCAGCAAAAGAAGUUAAUGCUCGCCUCAUACCCCCCACCCCCCAACCCUUCCCUAUGCAUGAUGGAUGGAUGGAUGGAUGGAUGGAUGGAUGAUAUGCCUCGACGAUUCAAUAUAAUUAAUAAUUCAUUUCUUCUUCCUCACUAGUCAGUUCCCCCUCUUCCUCCAAUCUCCAAUUCUGCUGCACUGCCCAUGCCUCAAUCAACAAACCACGCCUCCCCCCCGGCCCUUCUCUCUCUCUUUUCAUCCUCUUCUGCCCAACCCCAGCAUUACCUGUUCAAUUCUCAUCUUGAUUCUUAUUGAUUGCUACCACUCCUUUCCUUUCUUGCCUCUUGUACUGCAUAUUCAUUCAUACCUGUUCUGCAGCUGUGUUGUGUGUACGGCCCCCAAUAGUUAUUGCUUUUCCCCUCAAUUGAAUUUCUCUGCUGCGGAGGAUAUUCUUGGGGACUUUCUAUCUCUCUCUCUCUGUAUAUCUCUCUUUUUAGCCAAUUGCACUUCACUCCCUUUAUUAUUGUUAUUGUUGUUAGCUAGCUAAUUCUGUGGACUGUCCGCCGUCUGCUCCUGUGGAUCAAUUCAAUUUUCUCGUGCGUUUCCAUGUUGGCUUCGUAGCCAAUUAAAAGGGUUACUUUUUAGGUGCCUCCUCACAAUUGCUGGGUUUCAAAUUCUUGACUUGGUGGUAUGGAAUCUAGGCGCGGAUUGUGGCCUCAAACUUCGUGGGGAGUUUUUCUCUUGAAAAUUCAUUCACCAGCGAGUGUAGUUAAAUAACUCUGGGUGGGUAGGGUGGUUUUCCAGGAACACGAAUUGAUUGGCUCCUGUUUUGGGAGGGGGGGGGGGAGGGUCCUUUGCAUCUGGAAAUUCUUCGGCUGUGCGGAAUCCAUGGGGAAUUGGGGAUUCCCGACCGUUCUGGUUUUGUGUUUAUUCAUCCUGCUGUCAGUGGAAACAAUCACCGCUAGCGUUCCGAGGGUUGGGGUAAUGGAUCCAGGUUUCAAAGGGUCUCCAAUGUACUGGAUCGACAACGACGGACUGUUCCUGCUAUCCAACAAUUCGGAUUUUGCUUUUGGCUUCACCCCCACCAAAGUUGUCACAGUCUUUCUGCUUGUUGUGAUUCACAAGAGCAGUUCCACCAUAGUUUGGACUGCCAACCGAGGUGCCCCAGUUCAGAAUUCGGACAACUUUCUCUUCGACGACACCGGGAAUGCCUAUCUGGAGAGAGGGGGCUCCACGAUCUGGUCCUCGGACACGGCCAACAAAGGAGUCUCCGCAAUUCAGCUGCAGGACAGCGGGAAUCUCGUUCUGGUGGGGAAGGAUGGCAGCCCUGUCUGGGACAGCUUCAGCCACCCCACCAACACCCUUCUGUCGAACCAAGAAUUUCCUCAGGGGGUGAAGCUCGUCAGCGACCCCGGCUCCAAUAACCUCACCUAUUCCCUUGAGAUCAAAAAUGGCGAUAUGAUUCUUUCCGCAGGUUUCCAGCCCCCGCAGCCGUACUGGUCCAUGAAAACUGACAACCGCAUCAUCAUCAACAAAGGCCCCGGUGACGUCGCGUCUGCUACCAUCAGUGCCAACUCGUGGAAGUUUUAUGAUCCGAGCAAGGCGCUCCUCUGGCAGUUCGUGUUCUCAGAUGAGUCCGUUGCGAACUCAACUUGGGUGGUGGUGCUGGGGAGCGAUGGCUCCAUCACUUUUAGUUCGCUGCAAGGAGGCUCCCUCCAACCCUCCCCGGUGAGCAUACCUCCGAAUCAGUGCAGCAGGCCUGCAGCCUGCGACCCCUAUUCGAUCUGCUCCGGCAACACUGCCACCACAUGCCGGUGCCCGUCAUCCCUCCCCUCUUGCAAGCCGGGUAUUCUCCCUCCCUGCAACAGCUCCACAGUGUCUGCGGACCUUGCCAGCGGGGGCGAUGGCCUCAGUUAUUUCGCCUUGGCCUUUGUUCAACCGUCCUCUAAAACCACUUUGGAUGGCUGCAAGACAGCGUGCCUUGGGAAUUGUUCCUGUGGGGUUCUGUUCUUCGAGAACAAAACAGGCAACUGCUUUAUGUUUAAUGAGAUUGGAAGCAUGCAAGAAUCCAGGGGUGGUUCUGGUUACACGGCCUACAUCAAAAUCUCCACCAGUGGUGGAGGCAGCGAGAGGGACAGCGGCGGCGGCAAUGGCCACUUCCCGGUGGUAGUCAUUAUUGUAAUUGUGACACUUAUUGUUAUCUUGGGACUGAUUUGUGCUGGAAUUUAUAUCUACCGAAGGCACAAGAAAAUGCCUGAAACACCGAAAGAAAGUUCUGCAGAAGAGGACAACUUCUUGGAAGGUUUAUCAGGGAUGCCAAUCCGCUUCACAUACAAAGAUCUUCAGACUGCAACAAGCAACUUCGUCGUGAAGCUUGGCCAGGGAGGGUUUGGGUCAGUUUAUCAGGGCACGCUCCCUGAUGGAACUCGGCUGGCUGUGAAGAAGCUGGAAGGCAUUGGCCAGGGUAAGAAAGAAUUCCGCGCUGAAGUUAGCAUCAUAGGAAGCAUUCAUCACCUUCACUUGGUGAGGCUCAAGGGCUUCUGCGCUGAAGGGAGUCACCGGCUACUUGCAUAUGAGUAUAUGGCGAAUGGAUCGUUGGAUAGAUGGCUUUUCAGGAAGGAGAAAGGGGAGCUGAUGUUGGAUUGGAACACAAGAUACAGUAUUGCUGUGGGCACAGCCAAAGGCCUGGCUUAUCUCCAUGAGGAUUGUGAUGCAAAGAUAGUUCAUUGCGACAUAAAACCAGAGAAUGUACUUCUUGACGACCACUUUAUGGCCAAAGUAUCAGAUUUUGGCCUUGCUAAGCUUAUGACCAGAGAACAAAGCCAUGUUUUUACAACACUGAGGGGCACGAGGGGGUACCUAGCACCCGAGUGGAUCACAAAUUAUGCCAUAUCAGAGAAGAGUGAUGUCUAUAGCUAUGGGAUGGUAUUGCUUGAGCUAAUUGGCGGUAGAAAGAAUUAUGAUCCUGCAGAAACCUCUGAAAAAUCCCACUUCCCUUCCUAUGCCUUCAAAAAGCUGGAAGAAGGAAAACUGGAGGACUUACUUGAUGCUCAACUGAAGAUAGAUGAAGACGAUGAGAGGAUUGCUAUAGCAAUCAAGGUCGCGUUGUGGUGCAUACAGGAUGACAUGUAUCUCAGGCCACCAAUGACUAAAGUGGUUCAAAUGCUGGAAGGGCUGAGCCCUGUCCCCUUACCACCAACUGCUUCUCAGCUCGGCUCCAGGCUUUACUCAAGUUUCUUCAAGUCCAUCAGUGAGGAAGGAACUUCUUCAGGGCCAUCAGAUUGUAACAGUGACGCAUAUCUUUCUGCAGUUCGCCUCUCUGGUCCAAGAUGAUCCUGCCUGAAGCGCGCUCGUGAUGCGAUUAUUUUUUGUGGGCAAGUCGCUAGGUUCAUUUUUUGAAAAUAGUUUUCUAGAUUAAAUUGAGGGGGGGGGGGGGGGGGGGUGGAGGAAGAACACAAAACACUAUAUACACACACACUAGUUGGGUGGAGCGAGCACUUGCAUUCUUCAUUUGUAAAUUUACGUGUACUGUGGAAUCAUAAGUUGAAUAGCAUGUGUAAAUCAAUGUGGGUGGCUUUUUAA